AAUAAUAGGUACACUUUUUAAUUAUUCCAUGGGGCAAGGAAAAAUAGUUUUAUUUACCAAAAAUAAAUACAGAAAGCGUCGCUGCAGCAAUGAAAUCCCAUAUCCUGUUGAAGAGAAACAAGAAAGAGGUUAAACGUGAAAGCGGGCAAUGAGCUUGUCACUCCUGCAAGGCUAUUCUUCUGCGGAAGAAGAAGAAGAAGCAGCAGCAGCAGCUGAACAUGACCAAAUUCAUUACCGCGCCUCUUCCGACGACGAUGACGACCAUGUUAAAAACCAUAUCGCCGCUCCUAAACGAUACGACUCCUCCGUUUUCGAUUUCCCCGAUCCCUCCCAUAAAUCCGUUCUUCCAUCAGCAUUCGACGCCUUCUCCCAAAUUUCAGGGCCACCAGAGUUUCUAAACCAUGCCGUUGAGGAACAGGCUCCAGAAAGAGACUCGGAUCAUCAGCAAGGAAGGCGCGGUGGCCGCAGGGGUUUCAAAGAUAAGAAGGAUAUGCCUGCUGGUGCUGUAGUCGAGGCCAAACCUCAACUUGUUGGAAUUCAUGAGCGAGUAAGAAGUGAUAUUGAGGGUAGCAAGCCUCCAACAUCAUCAGUUCCAAGCACCAGCCAGGAUGGAGUGAAGCGGGUGGCAUCUGCAUCAAAUCCCAAUGCUGAAGAUGCUGCAGAGCUUUUGAGGAUGUGCCUGCAAUGUGGAAUACCAAAGACUUACUCCAGUGCUAGAGGAAUGGUCUGUCCAGUGUGUGGAGAUCGUCCUCUUGCAGAUACUGACAAAGAUCCCAAGAAGAAGGGGUCUACUAUCAAAGACAAAGAGAAGAGUAAGAGAAUGAAGGGCCAGUCAUCUCAUGCAACUUGGAAAAGUGAAACAGAGAUGCAGCUCAGGCAGCAGUUUGACUAGUUAGUAUUCCCGUAGUGCUCCUUGGAGCUUGUUAGUGUUUUAGAGUUUACACAAUUAUGUGCCCAAUAUAGUUCAUGCACCUAUCAGUUGUUUAGUUAGGGAACCUUGAAUUUUAUUGAUGAAUUGCAUAGUAGGUAUGUUGAGCUUUUGUUCCAGAAUGUGAUGUAUGUGCUCUGUUUUAUUUAUUUCUUCAGUUUAA